CCGAGGGCCGCGCGCGGGAGGUUUGAAAGCGCCGCCAUGGAGCUGCUGCAGCGGGAGGCGGGCACGGCGGCCGGUGAGGUCAACGGCAAGGCUGAGAGGAAAGUCUGGCCGGCAGUGCAGCCGGAGGCGAAGCUGGACGUCGUCACUAUGCUCCGCCUGAGGGACCAGAUGAAACAGCAGCUCAUGGAUUACGGCAGCGCCGUUCACACCGGUCAAGAAAAUGGCUUUUAUCACAUCAAUGAACAAAAGUUUAUUGACAGUGCCACAGAAAAUUUGGAACAAGAUACAGAGGAAGUGCAAAUCUCUCUCCAGAACAAAACAUUAGCCUUGCAAAGGAACCAACUUAUGGUUGCCCUCAGAAACAAAAUGAAGCAAAACGAUCAUGACUCACGACUAAUCAUGGAAACUAUGAAACACAUACUAAAGCUCACCAGCUCAGUACUUCAUUAUCAACAGCAAGCACGUGAGAAAGAACAGAAAUUGAAUGACAUUAAAAAGAAAAGACUCUUACUAAAAAAACACGGAAGACAGAAACUACUGGAAAUUCAUGACAUGAAGAAAAAACAAAAGGAGGAACAAGUGAGGACGAGUACAAGUGAAAUCCUGGAGAAGAUACAAGACACCUUUAAAAAAGAGAGAGAGCUUACUACAGUAAUUCAAAAUGUAUUCCAGAAUAUCAUAAUUGCGAGCGGAGUUGACUGGGCAGAAGAUCCAUCUUUAAAGGCAAUUAUUCUACGGCUUGAAAAAAAUGUCAAUAUUCUGUGAGUCGGUCAGGAGAAACAGGGUGUGAUUUUAUGCAGUGUAUGUAACCCGUGUACUCAGCUUUGAUAGAUGAAUAGGAACACUUUAGGAAUUUGAAAUUUUAAUCUCUCUGCAAAGUUCUUGCUUUCUCCAGAGACGCAGAAUGCGGCCGCGCGAAUCUUAUUAAAAUGAAGUUUAGUUACUGGUAGGCCAGAAAUGUUUUAACAAGUAGCGUAGCUGACGAAACUGCCCAAAGAGCUCAUUUCCCUCAGAAAGGCAGUAAAUAAGAAAUAUAAAUAUAAAAUGAAUAAUAAUAUCUCUAUUUUAAGCCUUUAUGUAAAAGUGGGUUUAAACUAAGGCCCUGCCCUUUCUGGCCAUCCAGGAAAAAAGGCCAAAUUGGGAAGCUCGGUUAAGUCUUUCUUUGGGUUUUGGUUUGGUUUGUUGUGGUUUUUUAUUAAAGCCUUACAUGUGAUUUUAAAGACUGAAAA